AUGCAGACGAAAGAAGCCUUUCUCUCUCCAACCACAUCUUUUUUAUCGAAAAAACGAAUUCGUCCUAUGAAUGAGAAGGAGGCCAGUGAUAUGAGAAAUCGUAGACGAUUAGCUGUACAGAAGCAUCGACAGAAAAUCAAAGAUAGCAUCGUUAAGUUAGAAGGACAAUUGACUGAUAUUCAGAAGACAAAUAAAAGUAAAGAAAAAGUUCUUAAUAAGCUGAAAGACGAAAUUCACGAAAAAAUAUCUAAAAUCAUUCGAGAUCCAGAUUUGCUUCAGAAAACGAUGCAAGCCUUACAGCAGUCAGUUUUUACUCAAUCAACUGCCAUUACGUGA